AUGCUUUGUUCCGACAUCUGAUCUCAUGAGGUAUUCUGUCUUUAACUCAGUGAUGCUCAACACUGCAUAGGAAGCACACCCAUCAUCAAAUCUUGAUCGUUGUACAGAACAAAAUAUUUCUCGCUGUUUUGUUUUAUCAAAUGUUACAGCAAAACGUACCUUGAAACAGAAUUCAUGCCUGUUUGUGUCACCUAAUGCAAACGUGUAUCUUGGUUUUACACAUUCAAAGUCUUUGCAAAGCAUCACAAUUAUGUCUUUGGUGCAGAUAUCAAUGGGACUGAUUAAGAUGAAUUGUGUUGGAAGGUGAGAUUGAGAUUUAACAGGGUUGUGUUUUGCUCUUUGUAGUGGUGUGCAUAUCAUGGAGGGACAAGACACCAUAUCCAUGUUUCCAUCUAUGUCAACCUCAGAAUGGUCAUGCUGACUGGAUCAUUUUUAGUACUAAAACUACUAAGGGUUUUUUAGUAGUUUUUCCUGACUCUUGUUGAGGGUUAAGGGCAGAGGAUGUCACACCAUGUUAAAGCCCUAUGAGACAAAUUGUAAUUUGAUUGAUUGAUUGAUCAUGCUUUACUCAAUGAAAAAUGUUAUUUAUCAUAUUCAUCAUAUCAAAAAUGUUUUAUUGUUAUAUAACAAUCAGUCAAAAUGUCCAUUGUCAAAUGUUUUUUCUAUUUUCCAUCUGCUCAUGAACAUAAUCCAGGCAGCAAUUACCAAAACAAUGAUUGGCGAAACAAGUUAAUAAUAUAUAAACAUGAAUUUGCAGGGAUACAUUUAAUUCAUGUGUUCAGGGAGGUGUGAAAAGUGAAUGUUGACGUCUUCUUUAAUUUUCUAUAAUCUCUUUUGCUCACAUAAUGCAUUUUCCUUUUUUGUAAAAGGAAGCAAAAUAUAUUUGUAUAAAUAUCUACAAUGAAAUACUUUAAACUCAAAGUAACACUCGCUACCCUUUCCCAAAGCUCAAUUACCUGUAGUUGGAAAUAAAGAAAAUACAAAAGCACAUUUAUUUUCUAUUAAUAUUUAUAUUUUUAACUUAAUGUUUUGAACCUUUCUUAGGACAGAAAAUAUACACAUAAAAUUUUACUCACUCAAAUGUUUCUGUGCAGAAAAUAUAUAUGUGCUUUUUUGUAAAAAUACACAGGUACUGUGUAUCAGUACAGGGCUGUGGUGUUGCUCAUACUGACCACAUAGUGUCAGCAGAGGUCUUCAUGUUCCACACCUACAGUCUUUGUAGUAUUCAGUGUGAGCAGUCUUUAGUCCUCUGAAAACAUCUCAGGACAGAUUUCAGAUAUGUUGACCGGAAAAAAAUGAAAUUCAAAGUUAAUCAAAUCCCUCCAAACAUUUUAAUCACAAUUUAGCACAAAAUCCCUGAAAAAGUAGAAAAUCUACCAAAGCAAAUGACUUAAGUGUGGCAACUUAAAAAAGCUUAAAUAAAAUGCUGAUUUGCUUUAAUGUUUAUGUUUGUUUUCUUUUAACUCUAAGUACUUAGUUUUAAUGUACUUGUUUUUGUGUUUUAUACAUAUAUAUUUUUAAUAUUUAUAUUUGAACAUGAUUAACACGUUCUAAUACAAUGAAUAUGUCUCAGUUGUUGUUCAGCAGUAAAUAUUUUAGUAGUAAUCAAAGUGACGAAGGAGGAUGACUGAGAUUUAAACAUGUUAACGAACCCUUACUGGCUAAAGAAUGUCCGUACUUUAUUCCUCCUCAUAAAAACAUAAUUAUUUUCAAAUGGAGCGUAUUGAUCGGAGAUGGACACAGCUCAGUCACACAGAAGGUGAGCAGCAUCAAUUUGACUUUUCAAUGGUUUUUGUAAUUUUCUCAUGUUUCAGACGUUGUUACUUAGUUGUUCAUAAAUAUAAACCAGGGAAAUAUAUCUGUUUCUAAAGUUCUUUCUUUUUUUUUCUGCCUUUGUUGUGUUUCAGUUGCAGCGUCCGAAUCCAGCAUGAACUGAAACAGCUCUGAUUUCAAAUCAGCAACAAAUAAGGUGCUUAACCUUAUUUUAGAAGAAUUCAAUGUGUUUUGAAAUCUCUUUAUCUAUUAUGACUACAUGUUUAUUUUGAGAUUGGUUGCUUAUCAUGUCCACUGGAACCUUCUCGCUGUAGUUUAAUAUCUUCAUUUUCAUGAGAGUGACUUUUAAAGAAUCAGACAUUUUGGGAAAAUGUCAAUCAAUUACUUGGAUGAAGUGUUGUUCACAUGAAAGAGUAAAUGGCAGAAUUAUUUGCAGUUAAAACAUAUAAAAAAAUGGAUUUGAUUUUCAUGGAACUUCUGCAUUCAACUUUCUCAGCAGUUUGUUGACACUUUCCCAAUUGGAGAUGUUUUUAAACCUGUCAGAGAUUCAUAUCUGUGGCAUUGAACUAGGUGGCUAAUGAUAUUCUCAUUCAGUCACUUGACCUCAACGACAAUUAACAACUUAUGUAAAGUCUUGAUAUUUUAACCUGCUAAUUAUGCUCAAUAAUCAUAAUCUUAUCGAGGAUAAAAUGAUGAUAUAUAACAAUAUAGGAACAUGCUUCAGCUUUUUAAAAAGACCAAUGAAGGCUGUGCCUCAGGAAGUCGAGCGGGUGAUUCAAUUUCCAUUACAUUUUAUUUGUAUUGCGCCAAAUCACAACAUACAUUGUCUCAAGGCACGCUGUAUUCAUUCUACUACAUUUUUCCACUGAAAACGAGCCAGUUUUAAUCCCUCUCCUUACUAACACGCCUGAAAACCCAUAUCACAUGAUGUCGCCAUGUAGGUUAAGACCCAAGAAUAUUGUAGAGAUAUCAGUUCACACAACAAGCAAACGCUUGGCGACAGUGGAGAGAAAAAAAAGCCUUUCACUAGAAGGAACCUCAGUUCUAACAGAACCAGACUUGGUGGUCAUCUGCCUCAACCUGUAGGCGUGAAGAAUGAGCCCAAUCUCCUUGGGCAAGACACUGAUCCUCUCCAAAUUGCCCCUGAUGGCUGUUCUGUCAGUGUGUGAAUGAUGAGUUAACACUGGGAGGACUGCAACAAGGUAGUUGAAGCAGGCAAUCGCCUGGGGUCCCGAGCUGAGAGGGGCCCCUGAGAACGACUGAUUAUAUUAGUUCACAACAACAGAACCUUCUUAAAGGUAGGGUUGGUAGUUUGUUUAUGAAACAAUUUUUAUCGUAUUUGUUGAAAUCCUUUUCACAUCCCGAUCAAUAAAUUAAGAUGUCUGAAAAAUGAAGAAAAGAAAGACGGUGUCUAUGGCAAGCGUGUCAUGGAAAAGUUGGCUUCUAGCAUUUGUCAGGCAAUGCGAUUUCAUACUGGCAUAGCUUUGACGAGAGCGGUGAGGGAUGUUUUGGUUGCAUAUUUUCAUUGUUUAGCCUGCUUGUGCUGGCAUUUCCAGUAUUACCAACCCUAGCUUUAAAUUCUAUCAUCAGCUCUGUAUUAGAGACUGCAUGGGACACCCAGAGUCUGUUGAAUGGCUCCUGAGCACUGUGAAUGUGACUUGUUGUUUGUGCUUUGAUUGGUCGAAAACACCAGAAAAGCACUAUAUAAAUGCAGUCACUUUACUCGCACCCAUCUGAUCUACCAUGGUACUUAAAAUUCCAAAUUGGUUAUUUCCUAAAAACCAUUUUGAUUGUAUGUUCCUGGAUGGUUAGAGUGUGAGUCUAUUGUUAAUGGAAGAAAAGUGGGAAACUCUCAGUGCAGAGACAACAUCCAUUUUCCUCCCUAUAGAGACAAUAAUGUCCCCUCUAUCUGGGUUAUGUGUCCCCAACAGUUUGCUGACUCAUUAAUGUGGUUAAAGUGGUACACUGUAUCAGUAAUUAGAGUGUUGUUAUAUAAAAUUAACAUUUUGAAAGUAUAGAGACUGGAAAUAUGGAAUAUAUAUCAAUGAUGGUUGUUUUUAGGUUGACUAUCAAUGACUAUCUUCUUCAUUAGGUCUAGUCCUUCUUCACUCUGUUGCAGGUCUCUUCAUGCCCUGCUGACAGUCUGACCCAUCUCACUGAAGACUGCUGACCACGCAUCAGAGAUGGAAGAUUUACAAGGUCAAAGGAUGAAGGUAUAUUUCAGCCCCUCAUUGACCUGGUUAGGCUCAGAGUUCCACGUGGUCAUAUUGAGAAACCUCUGAUCACCCACCUAAGCCCAUAUAUACCCCCCCAAAAAAUGCCUCACUUACCUCACUGUCUCCCAGUCCUUCAGUCAGCCUCUGCUGCCCUCCUCAUCGUCACUUUGUAGGUGAGAAACUUUUACUUUGAUGAUUUAGUGGCUAAAGGGAAUGAGGUACUGAGUAGCAAACAUGAUGAUGGAUUUGUACAAGAACCUUUCAACUUUUUGCAGACUUUAAACAAUGUUCAAUGUUGAGUUUGUUUAUAAAACUCAGUUUAUAUUCAAGUAAUAAUCAACAAUUUAUUUACAAGGUAUUUUAUCAUGGGAUAUUUCCCCAAAUCCAAUUUGAAUAUUUAAUAUCAAUUCAAUAUGUGAAAAUAUUUAGUAUUAACUAAAAACUUGCAUACGUAGUCAAUCUGAACCAUGUUUAGGAUUCAAGUUAUAGAAGAGUAGCAAGAAACAAAUAAUACCUACUAAAUAUUCCACAUAAACAUCCCAAAAAGAUUUGAAUAAGAUAAGAUAAGAAAGGAAGUACUUUAUUAGUCCCACAAUGGGGAACUUUGUUAUUUAUGGGAAAAUGUAUUAGCUAAAAGCAGGUUUUUUUAUUUUGUUGUGACCUACAAACCUGAUAAUUGACACUUGUUGAUUCUUAUUGCUGCCUUCCUGUAGUAUGAGUCAAUACAUUCCAUGUUUCUGCUCAUAAACAAAUCAUCAUAAACGUCAUUGUUGACAUUUGACUCUGAGCCAGGAUUAACUCUGACCUGAUGACUCAGGAUUCGAGAAUGAAUCCUGAAAGUUUCUACUUUUAUCACAGAGAAAUGAUCAGAGACCCACAAGUACGCCAGAAGAAAAUAUUUAUUCAUGAAAUAAUCACAAAGUUACGAGCAAUAACAUUAUGUUUUACAAAACAUAGAAUCAGAAAAUUCUGCAUAUGUUAAAAAAUAUUCCAAGUUCAAUUUCAAAAUAACUUAAUUAUAUGUUUUGAUGGAAAGUGUAACAGUGUGUAAAUGUAACAAAUUGAAGUAAUUGUCAAAUCUCUUAGUCUGUUAUUUUUGAGUUUAACAGAUUAAACUAAUUGUUUAAGAUUCUUUAGUUGAUAGAUGGACAGUUUUUUAUAUUAACUUCAUCAUAGAUCCACUAUGUGCUGUAUAAUGAAUAAUAAUAAUAAUAAUAAUAAUAAUAAUAAUAAUAACUUUAUUGUAUAGCACUUAUCUAAAUAAGUUAAUAAAGUGCUUCAUGAAAAAUAAUCAAUGGCAAAAAGAAGAAUGAAUUAUAAUUAAAGGUAUUCAGUUCAGUUACAUUUUAAGGGCCAAACCAUAACAUAAUGGAUCAAGACCUUCAAAUUUAUAGAGAAACCCAACAGUUCCUAAUAUAAUAAACUAUAUACUACAUUAGUCUAACAUAUUUGUAUUUGAUAGAUAACCAGAGAGAUCAGUCAGUUUAAUGAAGCUGUCAGUGAGUCAAGUUAAUAAAAACUGAAAGUGCUGAUGUCAUAUUUUGCUACAAUGGAGCUGCAAACAAAACAGGUGUAGUUUUCCUCCAGUCAAUCAAAGAGUAAUUUUUGCGACUGCAGGGUCAAAGGUCGAAGGUGUGAUCCUGAUUUAAACUGAUGUGUGUCACUAACUACAGAACCUUCUUCCUAUUAAGUGGAGAUCUGAAUAAUUCACCUGAAUGGACGUUUCUAAACCAGCAAAUGUGUUUUGUUUAAAUGUGUUUAAACCUAAAUGUGUGUGUGAAGUGUUCAGAGUCAAUAAGAAAAUGUGUCAUAGUCAUCAAAGUAAAUUGAAGUAAAACAUCCUAUAUUCGGAUAUUUGUCUAAUAAUGUCUUUUGGUUUUGCCCGAUUUUUUGCCAGAGUCUGAAACCAAAAGAAGCCAAGAUGUCUGAGUAAGUGUAACUUUAUUCUUUGUUGUCUUUUUUUGCUUCUUACACAAACAUCAACAACUAUUAUUCCCUGCUUUCCCCAAAUUGUGUGAAUUAAGGCUGAAAUAAUUAGAGGAGCUAAUAUCGAUUAAAGGAUCGAAAGAACAGUUACACCUAUAACAGAUGUAAUGGUUAACACAUACCUCUGGGUUUUAGACUUUUAGUCAAACAAAACAGGACAUUUCUAUUCAACUUGGAUCCCACUGAGCUCUUAUUGCCAUGUAUUACAAUUUAUAAAUGAAAUUUUACUAUUUUUACUUGUACUAUCCAUUGAGCUGUUUUGACUUUUACAAUUCAUUUUACUGUUUUUGAGAUUUUCUGUGGAAUCCUUUCAUGUUGUUAUUAAUAUGAUGUUUCCAUUGUUUCAAGUGGAAAGAAGAUGACAUCAAGCCGCAGGCAUUAUCUUAAGAGUUUGAUGCUGCAGAUCGCUGCUGGCUGGCUGGAGCAGGAAACUACUGAUCUUGCAGCCACCAAAGAAGCUUACAUGGCUGAGAAUUGCCCCAUCCCCGACAUGAGUGGAGACCAAGCAUCUCUGGUGGAAUUCUGCAAAACGCUGCACCAGUCCCUCGACAAGAUCGAUGAGGACAGAUACGACAACAGGGCCAAAGUUGCAAAGACAGACAAGGAGAUCGAGGAGCUGAGGAUGAAGGUGUUGGAGCUGGCUGGAGUGAAGAAACCCGCCUUGAAGAAAGUGCGUAUGUCUGCUGACUCCAUGCUGCAGGCUCUGCUGGGAGGAAAACACAAGGUGACCAUGGACCUGAGGUCCAACCUGAAGCAGGUCAAAAAGGAGGUCAAAGAGGAGGGUGUGGAGGUGGCCGGCGAUUGGCGUAAAAACGUUGAGGACAAAGCUGACAGGAAGAAGAUGUUCGAGACCUCUUAAAGACUUUCAAAUUCACCUGUCUGUUUUCACUGCUUCUGGGCUGCAACAUCAUUUACCACUGUUACACCUGAGCUUUUUCAUUGAAUUGGAAAAACUUGUGCAAUUAAAUUCCUUUUUUUUGGAAUAUGGCAA